AUGGCAUACGGUGGGAUAUCAGAUCAACAACUGCCAACUGGGUCAAUGCACAAACGCAACUUCAGCCAAUACCACAUCAUGAGGCGUGGGCCCCAUCUUUUGGUGUAUUUUGGAUUUGAUAGAAUGUACCGUGUGACAGAAUGCGGAAAUCCGGGUUGUCGUCGUCUUGUCGCUAAGAUGAAUCCUGAAGCACUCCGCUACCUCACCUGCCGCAGCUUGGUGUCAGUCGAGGGCCUAUUGGGUUUACAGAUCUGUGUUGCAUGUGCGCAGCAUCGUACCGCAAACAAUGGCGCCAUGCGGGUGCGCAGUUCAAGAGGCAAUGGUCCCGUUCCGCACGAGCUGGGAUACCGGAUGCACGACAUCAAUGUCGAGUGGUUCCAAAAAGUACAUGCUCGUCGAUGUGGCAAAGAAUCAUGCGGGGUCGGAAUCCCCGAAGACGCGACUCUUUUUGAGUUGCAACUUGAAGUUGGAAUUCGAUGCUUGAGAUGUCGGAACUUUAAGCGCAAAGCCAGACGGGAAUGGGCUCCUAACGCGGAGUUGUCAUCGGGCCCGCAAAAGUUAGACGUAUUUUAUAAAUACGAUGAGUGCUCGCAACCUCUUGAAAUAUCCUUCUGGGCUGGCGAAACGGACGAGACGGCGGAUUAUUUAUGCCCGGCAUGCUACGAGGCGAGGUUGUUUUUCGAGAACCCAAAAACCCGCUCGACAUCUCCCGCGCCAAAAACCAAAGGCGAUUGCGCCAAUCCGGCUUGCAAAUCCUAG